GCUCUUCCAAGUUUUAUGUAAAUUGAUGUUCUGAUCGAAAUAUCUUGUGGUGUUUUGCCUUUUUGCUACAUUCAAUUUUCUGGGUAUAAUUCAAUCUCGUUUCUGCUUUAUUUUGUAGUUGUACUGUUAAACUUUGUAGUUUCUAUUGGGGUGUUGCAUCCAAGGAGCUUCAGAAACUUUUUUUUGUGCUGUUUGUUGGUAGAUUUUGCUUUUGUCAUCUGGGUUCUUUGUUUUUGUGCUAUUGGUAUGAUGGCAUUUUUUUGGAGAUGAAUUUCCUAGGUGCAAUUCUUUUAUUACAAAUAGUUGUAGUUUUGAUGGCUGUUAAGGUUUCUGCUGCAUAUUUCUCUCUGAAUUGCAAGUGUCUGUGAAUUAUGAUUAGUUUAAAAGAUUCUUCUUUCUAUGACUUCUUUUAUUAUCCUAUUACUGGAUAAGAUACCACAUUCCCUUAUGAGUAGUGAAGUAUACAGAAAUUUAGUUGGAUUGACAAAAAGCAUAGGUUAAAAAGAAUAAAGAUGCAGAGUGAACAAGGGUGAAAAGAAGUAUAUACAUUAGUGCUGUAAAAACUUCACCUUUUUGUUGUGGUAAGUUUUACCAAAAGCAAUUUGAAAUUGAUUUCUUUGAUUAUCUUCUUUGAAGAAGUUCUUUGAUAAGUCUAUCUGUGACUGAUGCGUGAGUGAUGUUAUUGAUGAAAAUAACAGUAGCCCUGAAUCCUUAGUACUCAAUUAUAUAUAGGCAAUCGUCUUAAAAUCUAAAUUCACCAUUUUCUGGGAACUUACGGAAAAAUCUGCAAGAUGGAUAUAAUAUCACAGCUACAGGAGCAAGUAAAUACAAUCGCAGCUCUUGCUUUCAACACCUUUGGUACUCUUCAGAGGGAUGCCCCUCCUGUUCGUCUGUCACCUAAUUAUCCGGAACCUCCUCCUGCUAAUCCUACAGAAGAUGCAGCCAAUGUUGCAGAGCAACCAAAGCAAAUGAGUGCUGCUUUUGUUAAGGCUGCCAAGCAGUUUGAUGCAUUGGUUGCUGCUCUUCCUUUAUCAGAUGGGGGUGAAGAAGCCCAAUUGAAAAGAAUUGCAGAACUCCAGGCUGAGAACGAUGCAGUUGGCCAAGAACUUCAAAAGCAACUGGAAGCUGCAGAAAAGGAGCUAAAGCAGGUUCAGGAGUUGUUUAACCAAGCAACGGAUAACUGCCUGAACCUUAAGAAGCCAGAAUGAAUUAAGCUACUAGUACAUAUUUCAGUUUUGAUGGAACUAAUCAGACAGUAUUUACUUAAGGAGGCCCUCUUCCUGGAAUAUGUCUUGGAAGAACAACAAAUCGCCUGCGUCAGGCUUCUUAUGGGUGCAUUUACUAACUGGUCAUGUAUAAACUGGCUGUGUUCUGGUAUUUCCGUUUGAAGUUCUUGGCCCGCUGCUGCAGAAAAAAAUUCAGUAUUCCAUGUGAAUCUGAUGCAGAUCUUCGUUUAUUCUUAAAUGGAAAGACAUAGGAAUGAUGUGUUUUAAAAGCAAAUUCAGCAGACAUAGGAAUGAACUUCCUAUUCCUUCUAUCCAACCAUAACAUUAGCGUCUUCUAUGAGAUGAGCACUAUUUGGAAAGUUGGUUUAUAUGGUUCUCUGCUCCAACAGUUUUAUGUUGUCAAAAGUAUUGCAAUUAAUGGAUGUGUAUUUUCUUAAACAUGCAAUCCAAAACAAGGGAAGGACUUUGAUCGUUCUA